AUGAGAUUUGGUAAGAAGGGGAAGCUGAGCCCAAAGUACAUUGGGCCAUAUGAGAUUCUCCAGAAAGUUAGGAAAGUGGCAUAUAAGUUGGUCUUACCCAACGAAUUAGAAAGGGUGCACAAUGUUUUUCAUGUAAGCCAGAUUCGCAGGUAUGUUCCUGAUGUUGCACAUGUGCUAAAACCAGAGACAAUUGAGCUAGAUGAAAGCUUGACCUAUGAAGAAAGACCGGUGAGAAUUUUAGAUAGUAAAGUUAGAUGCACCAGAAACAAGGAUGUGAAGAUAAUCAAGGUUUUAUGUUCGAACCAUAAGGUUGAGGAAGCAACUUGGGAGGCUGAGGCAGAAAUGCGUAAAAAGUACCCUAACCAUUUCAUGGUGAGUGGUUAA